CUCACCUCCAUUUUGUAUUGUCAUUAGUGUCAAAGAAAAGUUUGUAAAUUUCGCUGCGUGUAUUUCAGCGAUUAUUUAUUAUUUUAAUUCAUCGACAAUGCCUUCUAUGAAACAGGCAUUACUCCUCGGAAGCCUUUUGGUAGUUCUAUUAGGAUUAACCUUCACUUCUGCAAUUCGAUGUUAUCAGUGUUCUUCACAGACUGACCAGAAGGGUGUGGACAGUUGUGGAGCAUAUGCCUGGUUCAAUAAAACCCAACAUAUUGCCAUAGAGUGCAAUAGCGAUGAGUCACAUAUGCCAGGGUCCUUCUGCAUGAAGAUUGUCCAGCAAGGUCCACGUGGAUUUAUCUGGGAUGGGAGAUGGCGUCAAGUUAUCAGGAGAUGUGCUUCAGUGGCAGAUACGGGUGUUACAGGAGUCUGCAACUGGGGAGUGUAUGAGAAUGGAGUUUACUGGGAGGAAUGCUAUUGCUCCGAAGAUGCAUGCAAUAGUUCUCCAAAUCUCAGUAUCUCAAAAGGACUCAUUCCAGUAUUUUUGGGAAUACUUUCUUACAGAAUUUUCCUCUAAAAAUCUUACAUGAAUCUCCCAAUUAUUCAUAAGAAUCGAAAGAAUCGAAAUACAAUCCGUCCGAAAACUUCAGAAAAAUUUACUAUUCAGUAUAUUCCGUCCACAUGUUCAAUUUAGAUUUAGAUUUUGUAUUUUACGUAGAAUAAAAAUAUUAACUUGUAAAUGUAA